AUGGCUCCAGGUUUGGUCUCUCCCAAGAUGCCCUCGUCGGCACCUCACUCUCUGUCCAAGACCAGCAGCAGCCACACUGCGCACCACCACUACCACCACGAAGAUGGGGGAUUCUCGACCGAGACGGUCGAGAGCCGCCAGCGCCACCUCGGGCUGCGCAAGAUGGGCUCCCGCAGCAGCUCCAUGGCAAACGCCUCGAGCAUUUCCAACGUGGUCUACUCGAUCAAGCGGCGCAGCUCCGAGGAGCUCGGGUCCAACAUCUCGGCGCAGCUUCUGAGUGCUACGCACGAGUCGGUCCUCGACUGGAUCAGGGCGCAGCGCAUGAGCGACCUCCCUCCCGAGGGCAGCAGCUACGACAAGGUGCUCGCCUGGGCGCGGCUCUUUGUCGACAGGCUGCACUCGUUUGAUCAUGCCGUUCAGGAGUUUGCCGGGGACAGCUAUCUUGCUGCUCAGCUUGCUUAUGGUUAUUGUUCUCUCCUUCUCGAGCUCGGGAAAGAAAAUGCCGGCGCACUCAUGGUCUCGUUUGGAUUCUUCUAUUCCAUGUCGGUGCCCCUGGUCAACCUCCUCGAGUGCACUGAGCUCUUUAGUGUCUCGCAAGAGACCAGCGAGCAGCUCGUCAUGGCCCUGUCGGAUCUCGUCACGGUGGUUGCCAGCGUUGCAACCUACUUCCACAAGGCCAUUCGCGGGCUGACCAACACUUCGGUGUCGGUCAACAUCUACUCGACGUUUGCACCUCAGAUCAAGACUUUUCUUGAACGCUGUGAGAAGACGGCAGAGUCCAUUUGGAAACAUGAGCUUCAGAGGGAAGGCGCUGAUAUUACCAAGAUUGCCAAGCUCAAGACCGUCAGUCAGUGGAUUGCGCCAGAGGACCACGUCAUGUCCAGCGUCCUCACUUCGACCUAUCAUCUGGCUCAUGACCGCGAGGAACUGACCUGCCUUUAUAUUGGUACCCACUUGACCCGCUUCCUCAGGAGCUCGCAGAAGACCAUGCUCCUGAGUGGACCGCAGGGAUCUGGCAAGACGAUCCUCGCAUCGGUGAUUCUCGACUACCUGCAGCACCCCAUUGCCGGCGUCACUUACAACACUCUGUUUGUCCCCAUCGACGCGCGCAUCCCGGCCGAGACGACCAGUCGUGCCGUCGCCAAGUCGCUGCUCCACCAGCUCUUCCAGAAGCGUACAGGAAACGUCAAGCUUCUCAACAUUCUGAUCGAGACUUAUGAACGGUCCAUCCGCUUCGCUUCCGAUGAGGACCACGACGAUAUCCUCUGGAAGGCCGUCGAACGGGCCGUGGGUGGUGCCACUAUCCUGGGCAGCAGGGACCUUGUCAUGAUCGUCGACGGCCUUGACGAGUGUCCCUCUGGCGAGGAUGCUCUGUACCGGCGACUCCAGGCCGUCGUGACUGCCAAGGGCGCAAGCUCGGUCAAGCUCGUUGCUCUCGGUUCCAAGCCUCAGCAGGGCGUCCAGAACCUCGAGGUCAACGAGGAUCUGAUCUUUGACGACAUCGCGGCGGUUGUGCGUGAUUUCUUUGAGGACUACGACGUGUUCCUUUCCAUGGACGAGAUGGAACGCGAGACUCUGAUAGCCCGCAUCGCCACCCUGUCCAAGGGCUCCUUUGUCUGGGCCAAGCAGGCGAGCAAACAGAUACGGCACCACGGCGCGUCCAAGAAUCUGUUCGAAGCCCUGGAGGAGAUGGAAAAGUGCACCGUGGGCGACUUUGUGCACAGGACGCUCACGGCGCCCGAGGUUACGGACCAGACCAGGCUCAUGCUGGCGUGGCUGGUCACGGCGGAGCGACCGCUGACGGUCAAGGAGCUGGCGGCGCUGGCGACCAUCAACCUCGACAGGCAGAGCAUCGACCACGACGUCAAGAUGGACGUGAUGCAGACGCUCAAGCCGGUCAACUCGCUCGUGUACAUGCAGGACGGGCUGAUGUACCUCCGUCACGGCAUGGUGCGCAAGGCCGUGACCAGCUGGCUCAACGGGCACAGGGGCUUCGUCAGCGACCGCCACGGCGACCUGGCCACCAGGCUGCUCGUCUACAUCAACUCGACCGUCACGGAGCAGCACGAGUGCAGGCUCACGCCGCCGCCCAGCCACGAGGUCCAUCAGCUCACCGGCCGCCACACGCUGCUCGACUUUGCCAUGCGCUACUGGCCGCUGCACCUGCGCAAGAGCUUCGCCUACCUCAAGCCCGACGUUGGCGAUUCCGAGGCGGCCAAGCUGGUGGCCAAGGUGGUGCCCAAGAACGCGACCGUGGUCCAGCUGCAGGCCGCCUUGUGGCAGCACCGCCCGACGCCGAUGCUGCUGGCGUGCCACACCACCAUGACCAACAUUGCGCGCCGGACCCUGACCGCCAGCAGCCCCGUCACGCUGCAGUCCGUCAUCUUCUUGGCCGGCAUCUACCGCCAGAUCGACUUCAGCCCCGAGGCCACCACGCUGUUCUACGAGGCCUCGACCGUGGCCAACACGCUGCUGACCAGCAAGAACAAGAUCACGAUGCAGCUCUGCCGCGCCUUUGUCGACAUCACCACGGGCCGCACCACGACGUCCAAGAACGACAUCAUCACGACCCACCGCGAGCACGUCCUCCAGAUCCUCGUCGAAUGCUACAGGGCCCAGUACGGACACAUGUCCGAGCACGUCGUCGCCACGCUCAAGCUGCUCGUCGAGCACUACCGCGCGACGAGGGAAGAGACCAAGGCCGAGGAGACGAUUACCAAGAUCCGAGCCAUCAGCAGCACGACCGAGUUCGGCGCCAGCACCACCACCAGCACCACCACCACCGUCACCGAGGACGACUCCCGUCCCGAGGGAGACCUGCAAGUCCACCUGCGCGGCCGCAGGGGGUCUCAGUCCAUGGACGAGGUGGUGGUCUUGACGCUCGACGUCGACGAGCACGACGAGCCGAUCGAGAGCCACGCCAAGUACGACUUUGAGUUCUUCCUGGUCAAGGCGGAGCGGUACGUGGCCGAGGCGCGCGUCGACCUGGCCGAGAGGACGUACGUUGAGAUCUGGCAGCGCGUGACGCGCGAGUACGCCGCCACGCGCUCCGCGCUGUGGGAGGAGCGCAAGAUGAAGAGCGUCGUCUGCUACGCGCGCUUCCUGACGCAGCAGGGCCGCACCGCCGACGCCAGCAGCAUCCUGUCGACCGCCUGGGAGGAGUACAAGUCGUCGCAGGCCAGCGCGUCCAUCACCGAGGCCACCUGCAGCAUGUACGUCGAGAUGGCCGGCAUGAUGAAGCGCGUCGGGCUCGUGUCGGAGAGCCUGGCGCUGAUGAAGCACUGCUCCAACUUUUACCGCAGCACAAACAAGACCGAGACGUCGACUUAUCACGAGCUGCAGCAGAAUAUCCAAAGCACUUCGCAGGAGCUGGUGCAGUCCAUGAGCAGCAGCAGCAGCAGCAGCAGCAUGACGACGACGACGACGACGACGACGACAACCGUCUCCGAAUCCAUGCUGGAGGAGAUGGUGCUGGAGCAGAGCAGCUCCGUCAACACGGUCGACGAGAGCACCUUUGCGGCCUCGAGCAGCCUCGUGCGCCUCUACAUGAAGCAGCACCGCCUGCAGGACGCCACCCGUCUGCUCAAGAGGAUCCUCGGCGGCCUCUGGCCGUCGCUGUUCACGCCCAACGUCGAGGACGUCGUGGCCCCGCAGAAGCUGGUCGAGCAGUGCGUCGACCUGGCCGAGCGGCUGGCCGACUGCUACCACGCCCGCCGCCGGCGCGCCAAGGAGGAGGACGUGCGCGUGCGCGUGUACCGGGCGAUGCGCACCUGUCGCAAGGUCGACGACGAGCUGCGCCGGCGCGUCGCGGCCGAGCUGGUUCUGUUCCUCCGGCGGACGGACCAGUCGGAGCUGGUCAUCACCACGCGCCAGGAGAUGCUCGACGACCACGUGAACCACUACGGCGACAGGCACCCCAAGGUCGUCGAGAUGCUGUGGGAGCUCGCCGAGCUGACCCGCCCCCGCCCCGUCUUUGUCGAGUACUACCAGCGGAUCGUCAAGGCUCUGCACCCCCACAGCACCGACGACGUGCCCCCGGAGGCCUUUGAGCCCCUCGACGUCGUGGCCACCGAGCUCUGGAGCAAGGGACGAUUCCCCGAGGCCGCCGGCUACUACAAGGUCGUCUUUGCCUGCUUCCUGCGCCAGCCCAAGCUCAGCCCCAAGCUGAACGACGCCGGGUUCGUCAAGACGCUGUUCCAGCGCUACACGCACUGCCUGCGCAGCGUGCGCAGCGACUUUGCCGUCGUCCACAAGGUCUCGGUCGACUACCAGACGCAAUGCAAGAUCGUCUUCGGCCUCGGCGCGUCCAUCACCAUCCAGGCCACCCUCCACCUGGCCAAGGUGUGCCAGGAGUCGAAGCGCUACGAGGUCGACGCCAUCGUGCUCUACGAGGAGCUGCUCAAGACGCACUCUGACGAGGUCGACCACGGCGAGAUCAGCUCCAUCCUCGACUCCAUCUACGAGGCGCAGGCCGACCUGAUCACCUCGACCAGCGGCGCCACCUCCAACACGGCCGUGUCGUCGGACCAGGUGCAGCGCGUCAUCAAGGUGUUCAAGAAGCGCGUCGCCACCAUCCGGGAGACGCACGGCUGGGCGCACGAGGAGUCGCUGUCCAAGAUGAGCGAGAUGGUGCGCUUCUACAACAGCCAGCAGACGUCAUCGUCGUCGUCAUCGUCGUCGUCGUCGCUGACCCACGACGAGAUGGCCCGCAACACCGAGACGGUCCUGUCCGAGCUCAAGCAGGCCACGGUGCACAUCCUCUCGCACGAGACGUUCCCGACCCGCCUGAUCGCCGCGGCCUCUACCAUCGCCUCGAGCUACAUCCAGUCCAACCAGACGCACAAGGCCACCGAGAUCAAGCAGGAGCUCUACCGCCAGGUCGUCAUGAAGGACAAGACCAACGCGUCGAGCUGCGGCUUCGACCUGACGGGCCGCGGACGCGAGAGCCUCGUGUUCCUGGCCGAGUUCGAGCACUCGCUGCACCCGCGCCACCACUCCUUCACCGCCACCGACAUCCUCGCCGAGCUGACCACGCAGUACAUGUACUUUGAGGAGUUCCGCGGCCUGCUGCAGUCCGCCGGCUCCCUGGGCGCCGUCAUGGCCUCGGCGUCGCGUCUGCACAAGUUCCUGACCUCUUACGAGCGGCUCGACGGAUCCAGGCGCGUCUUUGACGAGCUCGCGUCCUACUUUGUGAAGCACGAGGGCGGGCGCGUCGGGCUGGAAAGGCCGCAGGUGGACGUUCUCUUGAGCAACCUGCUGUGCUAUUUUGGCACCUUCACCUCGCAGAACUUCCCCCGCUCCGUCGGCAUCAGUGGCAUCCGCGGCGUGGAGGAGCUGCUCAGGGAGCAAAAGUACGACCAGGCGGCCGACCUGGCCACCGCCACCUGGACCUACGUCUCGGCCGACGACAGCUACAGGACGGACCCGGGCCUGGCGAAGCUGGUGCUGAUCCUGGGCCUGACGCUGGCCGACGGCAGCGGGCGCAGGUACCUCGACGUGGCCGCCUCGCAGGCCGUUCCGGGACAGGCGCGGCACGCGUUGCCGCCUCGACAAGGAGGCAUCCCCGCAGCAGCAGCAGCAGCAGCAGCAGCCAAGGACGACUCGUCGCAGCCGACGGCGCGCCCUCUGCCGGAGCCCGCCGCGGUCCUCGCCAGGCCCAAGGCGCAGGCGCACUCGAGGCUCCUGGCGGCGUCGGCGCCCAUCACGCGGCAGGUGCUGCAGGUGCUGGCGUCGAUGCGCAUCUCGCUGUCGCACGUGUCGCUCGUGCACCUCAACAACCUCGUCGCGGUGCUGGGGGCGCAGCGCGACCACGAGACGCUGGCGUGGCUGCUCACGACGCUGUGGGAGUCGCGCGAGGCCCAGGGCGGGUCGUGGCCCGUCGGCGUCACCCUGGCCCUGGGCCGCCGGUACAUCGUGGCGCGGUACCUGGUCGGCGACGCCACCGCCGCCGUGCGCCUGGCCGAGGACAUGGUGUACAACUGCCGCCGCGUCCACGGCGCCAGGCACCCGCGCACCCUGGGCAUGUCCGUGUUCCUGACCAAGCUGUACACGGGCAUCGCGCAAAAGUACCAGACCCUUGCCGGCGGGACGACGAGAAGCAACAACAACGGCGGCCGGGACGUCGCGGCCCGCUACUACAAGAAGUCGGCCGCCGUCCACGAGAACAUCCUGCGCGCCUUCAGCGACCCGACCUUUGCCGACAUGGAGGGCGGGUUGGACGGCAGCAUGUGCCUGGACGACGUGCCGUCAAACCAUGGCGGCGGCGGCGGCGACGGCGGCAGCACCAGCAGCAGCACCAUCAGCAGCAGCAACGGGCUCGAUGGCCUCGUCGGCGGCGACGUCGAGAGCAUGGACGGCAGCGUGCAGCUCGCGUCCGACGGCGACAGGGUCAGGAUGCACCUGCGCUACUUCAAGCUGGCCGUGCAGAGGCUCGGCGCCUGGCCCAAGGACUACAAGGAGUACGAGCGCCUCAACGCCGACAUCUUCCGCGAGUUUGGCGACUGUCUGCGCGGCGUCGAGGGCGUGGAAAGGUGGAAUCUGGACGCCUUUGGCCAUGGCAAGGCCGAGAGCUCCGAGGACAUGCUCAACAUUGACGAGUUUAAGCACUGGGAACUGAUUAGUGGAAGCGGUAUUAUGGUGCAGGAGGAGGAGGAGGAGGAGGAGGAGGAGCUGUGA